AACAAUUCUCAUGUGAUCUUCACCUCAUCCCUCAGAUAAUGACAUCAUCAGAUGAUUCAGCCGUUAAAGCUCAUUCCUUUUUUUUUUUUUUUGGGAGGGGCAAGGGAGCUUGAACUCUGGACCUCAAGAAGGCAAACCCUUCAGAAGGUAAGGAUUAGCUUGAGAAGUGGGAUAAAUGCCCUUGAGUAGUGCUUUGUUCAUCGAGUCACCAUCACAGGGUAAUUUGUAGGGAGAUAAGAACAACAGAGGCAAUUUAGCACAAUAACUCUUUUCUGUGCCCAUUUGAUAUUUAUUUCUUAUGAUUUGACAAUUCAUCUGAACGAUAGCAAAGAAGCAUAUUUUUACUUCAGAAUUUGUUAGGAUUUAUACUUUUUAUGAUGCAGCUGAAUAAGGUGUGAAGGUAUUGUCCUGGUGAUUCUAAUAUAAAUCACCUUUUGCAUUGUAUCUCUGUGGCAUUAUUUUUGUUGACUUCUGCGGUCCCUUAAUAAAGCCGAUACUGUAUCAAAUUGCUCCUUACUCACCUAACAUGCAUGGUGAAAUGUUUGACAUGGAGCAUGCACACUUCAGGUUAGAACAGAUUGUCGUACAACUGCUGCUUAUAUAAUGAUAUUGCUGCAUUGCACUAGUUUGAACAUUUAGUCUGAGCUCUAAUAGAAUCUUUUGCUUUACUUCCAACGCCCCUUGCAAAUUUCACGAACACUGUGGAAAGUAGUAGGCAUCAAAGACUGGAACCAAGUGUUGUCUACAGUUAUGGCCAAUGAUAAAGCUUCUACAUUGCUCUAGCUUGAAUAUUUAGUCUGAGCUAUAAUAGAACCUUUAUCCUCAUAUUGUCAAACAACUUUAAUAUUCUGUGAGAGGGUUUUAUGUAUUUCUCCAUGCUUAAUCUCCACUCUCUUAUAAUUACUAUUCCUUUCUUUGCAUAAUUUUCUUCCCAUAUAAUAUUGUGUAGAUCUCCACAAUCGGGAUCAUGUUCUAAUGAAACCUGUGCUAGUUGUCAACCUCGAAGUAAAAGAUAACCAUGAGGAGGCAGCCGUAGGAGCUCGGCUUGCUCUAAUUUUGUGCCAAGAGCUUGAAGCAACGGAUAACUGGGAGGAUUCAGUUGAUGAUAUUGUUGCUAAUUUUGAGAGGCAGCAUCGUCGGAAACUCAUGUACAGUAUCUCCUUCUAUUGAAGCUGUCAUGUAAAUGUGAUGGAGGAAUUCCUCUCCAUUUUGUCUAGAUCCAAUAUUAUCAAGUUAUGCUUGAGAUGAGCUUUACUGAGUGAGGUUGACGAUGCUAAUUUGGGUUGGAUGUUUAGUGGGCUACUUAAUUGUGGAGGUCUUGUGUUUAUUUUGAAAUUUUGUUCAGAUUUUUCUUUUCUUGUCUCAAAUAAGUAUGGUAUAAUUCAUGUAGAGGAGUCCAUUGUAGAAAUUGGUGGCGUCAGCGCAUGAG